CUGGGCUGUAUUCCAAGAAAAAGGCGUAAGUAUACAAAGAACUGACAGUUGCCACGCGCGUGGGAGAUGUCAGUGUUUACUAGUUCCCCUUCCCUACCCGUCUCUCUCUCUCUGAUUUUUUUCUUCUAUUUCCCUCGCUCCAUCACCAUUGUCUUUUUCUAUUCUAUGAACCUGGAAUUAACCCCCAUCCCAGAACACCAGAAAUAGCCUUACAACUUCUACAUAUUUUCAGUUCUACCGCCAUUUCAUUUCAGUUCAAUUAAACCCCAACUGAUAAAUUGAUAAUUCAUACUACCCAUUUACACAAUCAGUUUUUUGGCCCAAUUUGUCUUUUCAUCUUGGGUUGUUUUCUGUAAAUGAGUCUCGGCUGUUUUGAAUGGCUCAAUUUUCUUAUUUUCUUUCUCUUUUUCUUUAUUUUCGCUAUAAACCCUUGUGUCUCCGUUGAUCAAAUUGAUGAAUUCUCGAUCAUCGCAUUCGACCUCGACUCUUUUCACGGGGACUACACUCCGCCUUCGCCCCCUCCGCCUUCACUGCCACCGCUUCCUCCGUCUCUCUCGUGCGAAGAAGAUUUAAACGGAAUUGGGUCUCUCGAUACUGUCUGCGAGAUUAAUUCCAGCUUGGAUUUUCACGGCGACGUGUAUAUAGCAGGAAACGGCAGCUUCCACGUGCUUCCUAAUGUCGUUUUGAGUUGUCCUAUAAGGGGCUGCUCGAUUACGAUCAAUGUGAGUCGUGGGGAAUUCAUUUUGGGUCAAAACUCCGGCAUGUUUGCCGGGACAGUGUUCGUUUCAGCUUCGAAUGCGAGUUUCUUAAAAAGUUCAGUGGUAAACGUAAGUGGCUUAGCCGGUCAACCCCCGGCUCAGACCAGUGGAACCCCUUCAGGGAUUCAGGGCGCAGGCGGGGGUCACGGAGGGAGAGGCGCAAGUUGCGUUUCGGAUAACACGAAACUUCCGGACGAUGUGUGGGGAGGAGAUGCUUACUCUUGGUCAUCUUUGGAUAAGCCAUGGAGUUAUGGUAGUCAAGGAGGGACGACUAGUAAAGAGGAGGAUUAUGGAGGGGGAGGAGGUGGGAGGAUAAAGUUUGAGGUGGAGAAGACGGUUGAAGUUGGAGGGAAUUUGUUGGCCAAUGGAGGUGAUGGUGGUGUAAAAGGUGGUGGAGGCUCUGGUGGAAGCAUUUUUAUCAAGGCUCAUAGAAUGACUGGAAGUGGCAGGAUAAGUGCUUCUGGGGGGGAUGGAUUUGCUGGAGGUGGUGGUGGAAGAAUUUCAAUUGAUGUUUUUAGUAGGCAUGAUGAUACAGAAUUCUUUAUUCAUGGAGGAAAAAGUUUUGGCUGUCCUGAUAACUCAGGUGCUGCAGGUACAUAUUAUGACGCUGUGCCUCGGAGUUUAAUAGUUAGCAAUCACAACAUGUCCACAAGUACUGACACACUUCUAAUGGAGUUCCCUAAACAAUCACUUUGGACAAAUGUAUACAUCCGAGAUCAUGCCAAGGCUUCUGUUCCUUUGCUUUGGAGCCGCGUUCAGGUUAGGGGACAAAUUCACUUAUCAUGCGCUGCGGUGCUAAGCUUUGGACUUGCGCAUUAUGGUUCGUCUGAGUUUGAAUUGAUGGCAGAAGAACUUUUAAUGAGUGAUUCAGUUGUCAAGAUAUUUGGGGCUCUUCGAAUGUCUGUCAAAAUGCACUUGAUGUGGAAUUCCAAAAUGCUUAUAGAUUGUGGGGCGGAUGCUAUUGCAGCGACAUCCUUGCUUGAGGCCAGCAAUUUGGUAGUUCUCAGGGAAUCUUCUAUGAUACAGUCUAAUGCAAAUUUGGGAGUUAAUGGACAAGGUUUUUUGAAUUUGUCUGGACCUGGGGAUAUGAUUGAAGCACAACGUCUGAUCCUCUCACUAUUUUUCAGUAUCAAUGUUGGACCUGGAUCUGUUCUGCGAGGUCCCUUGGAAAAUGCCAGUAACAAUGAUAUGGUGCCACGGCUGUACUGUGAACUUCAGGAUUGCCCUAUGGAGCUGGUUCAUCCACCUGAGGAUUGCAAUGUGAACUCCUCCUUAUCCUUCACUCUUCAGAUAUGUCGUGUUGAAGAUAUUAUUAUUGAGGGCCUUGUAACAGGAUCUGUUGUUCAUUUUCACUGGGUUAGAACUGUCAUUGUCUAUUCUUCCGGAGCAAUUACCACAUCAGCUUUGGGUUGCACUGGUGGGGUGGGUAGGGGAAAAGUACUCAAUAAUGGUCUUGCUGGAGGUGGAGGGCAUGGUGGCAAAGGUGGGGAGGGAUAUUAUGAUGGCAGUUUUAUUGAAGGUGGUGUUUCAUACGGAGAUGCUGAUUUGCCUUGUGAACUUGGUAGUGGUAGUGGAAAUGAUAGUCUUGCCGGUGCAACUGCUGGUGGUGGAAUAAUAGUGAUGGGUUCACUGGAGCACUCACUAUCAAGUUUGUCUGUCUAUGGUUCCCUUAGAGCUGAUGGAGAAAGCUUUGAAGAAGCUAUGAGGAAGCAUGACCAUAGGACUGUUUCAAACAUUGGCCCUGGUGGUGGAUCUGGUGGAACCAUCCUUUUAUUUGUUCAUACAAUCAUGCUUGGUGAUUCUUCAGUUAUCUCAACUGCUGGAGGACAUGGCAGCCCAAGUGGUGGUGGUGGUGGAGGGGGUGGACGCGUUCACGUUCAUUGGUCAGAUAUACCAACUGGGGAUGAGUACCUACCCAUAGCAAGUGUGAAAGGAAGCAUUAACACUAGGGGAGGCUUUGGCAGAGGUCAGGGUCACAAUGGCGAAAAUGGAACUAUCACCGGAAAGGCCUGUCCUAAAGGGCUUUAUGGUAUCUUUUGUGAGGAAUGCCCUAUUGGGACUUUUAAGAAUGUCAGUGGAUCUAAUAGAGUCCUUUGUUAUAAUUGCCCAUCCGAUGAGCUUCCAAGUCGAGCCAUAUAUGUUAAUGUUCGAGGUGGUGUUACUGAAAGCCCCUGCCCUUACAUGUGCAUUUCUGAAAGAUAUCAUUUGCCACACUGUUACACAGCAUUUGAAGAGUUGGUAUAUACUUUUGGUGGGCCAUGGCUGUUUGGGCUUAUUCUUUUAGGUCUCCUCGUCCUUUUAGCUCUAGUUCUUAGUGUUGCAAGGAUGAAAUAUGUUGGUGGGGAUGAAUUACCAGCUCUCAUGCCUGCUUGUCGUGGCUCACGAAUAGAUCACUCAUUCCCUUUCCUGGAGUCAUUGAAUGAGGUUUUGGAGACAAAUAGAACUGAGGAAUCCCAGAGUCAUGUGCACAGAAUGUAUUUUAUGGGACCAAAUUCAUUUACUGAACCUUGGCAUCUACCUCAUUCUCCACCAGAGCAAGUAAUUGAAAUUGUAUAUGAGGAUGCCUUCAAUAGAUUUGUUGAUGAGAUUAAUGGUUUAGCUGCAUAUCUGUGGUGGGAAGGAUCAAUCUACAGCAUUCUUUCUAUUCUUGCAUAUCCACUUGCAUGGUCCUGGCUACAACAACGUCGAAAAAAGAAAUUGCAACAGCUCCGUGAAUUUGUUCGAUCUGAAUAUGAUCAUUCUUGCCUGCGUUCUUGCCGUUCACGCGCUUUAUAUGAAGGGCUUAAGGUUGCUGCUACCCCUGAUACAAUGCUUGCAUAUGUGGACUUUUUCCUUGGUGGAGAUGAAAAGAGGGGUGACCUUCCUCCUCGUCUUCAUCAAAGAUUUCCAAUGUCUUUGGUUUUUGGAGGAGAUGGAAGUUACAUGGCUCCUUUUUCUCUUCAAAGUGAUAACAUUCUUACUAGCUUAAUGAGUCAGGCCUAUUUUUUGCCUCUUUCUGUUUUGCAGUCUGUUCCACCUACCAUAUGGUAUCGACUAGUGGCUGGUCUAAAUUCUCAAUUGCGCUUAGUUCGCUAUGGACACUUGAAACUUACUUUUGGUCAUGUUAUUAGCUGGCUUGAAACACAUGCAAACCCUACCUUAAUUACAUAUGGUGUACAUGUUGAUCUUGCAUGGUUUCAGCCAACAUCGUCUGGUUAUUAUCAGUUUGGACUUGUGGUAUGUGCUACCAGCAAUGAAAGUGUUCUGCACUGGACUGAAGGUCAAGAUAGAUACUUGAUGCAUAUGGAGCAGUCACGUUGGCGUGGUGCUGCUAGUAGGAGAGACUCAACCGGUUGCUUGGAUGCCAGUGAACAUAUAAGGAUAUGUCAAAGGAUAUUUGGAGGAAUAUUGCAUGCUAAAAGCUUACGAACACUUAAAAUGAAGAGGGCUAUUUGCUAUCCCUUUUCCUUUAUAGUUUACAAUACCAAGCCUGUUGGUCAUCAGGAUCUUGUCGGUUUGCUUGUCUCUAUGUUACUUCUAGGAGAUUUUAGCUUAGUUUUGCUUACUUUGCUACAGCUGUAUUCUAUAUCACUGCUAGACUCCUUUUUAGUUUUGUUCAUUCUUCCUCUUGCAAUAGUCUUUCCAUUCCCGGCUGGUAUCAGUGCCUUGUUCAGUCAUGGACCAAGACGAUCAGCUGGUCUUGCACGUGUGUAUGCUCUAUGGAAUAUUACAUCCUUGAUCAAUGUUGUAACUGCCUUUGUGUGUGGAUUUCUACAUUACUGGAGCCACUCGAGUAAAAAACAUACGAACUUUCAGUCAUGGAAUUUUAGCAUGGAUGAAAGCGAAUGGUGGAUGCUUCCUUCCGGAUUAGUUGUUGGUAAAAUCAUCCUAGCACGACUUAUUGAUUGCCAUGUGGCUAACCAAGAAAUACAAGACCACUCGUUAUACAGCAGUGAUCCCGAUGUUUUCUGGCAAUCAUGAAGGCUAUUUCUGAAUAGUUAGAAAAAUGGCCAGCCUUAAGGAAACCUACCCCAUUCUUAUCUUUUAUUCUCUCUUCCCUCUAAUAUUCCUUUUUUUUCAUGGUUAAAAGAUUAGGAUACAUUAGUUUUUUGUAUAGUCAUUUUGACUCUCCCCUUUGCUUGUGGGUGUGAUGAAUUGCUGAACGUAAUUUGUAAAUGAUUGAUGAUAUAUGGCAUUGAUAGAGAUCACAUAAACACACAAGGAAAUGAAUCAUUGUCUGACACUCAAGUUUGAUGUCUAUACUUUUCACUAGCUUUUUCAGGUGCAUGCAUGCAUGGGUAUUUUCUCUACUUUUUUACCAAACACAUUGUGGCUAUCUGAAUCAUAAACUGUAGAAUCAUUUUUUAUUGCUUUGAGUUCCUUUUAUAGUGAUUUCUCAAAUAAGGUGAAAAUUUGACAUAAAAGGAGUCUAAUUUUUACCCCCAUUUUGUCUUUCUUUUAUCUUUCUCAUUACUUCAAGUUUUACUGACCAUGAAACGUCAGUAUUCUACUUUAGGUGAAGUUCAUAUCCCUUAUAAAAGUUCUUUUAAUUCACCUUCUGUUCAUGAUUGAACUCCAUUCGGUUAUCACUUGUCUUUUGUAAUAAUUUCUACCCCAAUCUCAAGUUGUUGGUUGGGAGUUAUUUUCAGAGUCAAUUUGGGUUUUUUUUUUUUUUU